CUAUAUACAUACCAAGAGUCAAGACCACCACCACACACACCCACCCACCUGCAAACACACGCAGAGGUAGACAAUGAGGACGCUUCCAAUGGCAACGACGCCGUUUCAACACCUCUCUUCAUCCCCACCUUUUCUCUCCUCUCUCAGAUUCCCCACUUCUUCCUUCGCUUCUUCUCUCACUGGUUUCACCUCUUCUCGUCGACUCGCGCUUUUCCACCUUGGCACUGCUAUACCUCAAUCAGAGUUGUUGGGUGGAAAAACAUUGAAGUUAUUUAGAAUGGAAGGAAACAUGCUAGAGGCUGGCACAGCUGGAAAUAUGGCACAAGCUGCCGUUUCAGAGGGAAAUGUACUGGAGUGGGCCAAAACUGACAAGCGAAGAAUGCUUCAUGUUGUUUACCGUGUGGGAAACUUGGACAAGACUAUGAAAUUCUAUACUGAGUGCUUGGGGAUGAAACUAUUGAGGAGACGUGAUAUACCAGAGGAGAGAUAUGCGAAUGCUUUUCUUGGAUUUGGGCCCGAGGAUUCCCAUUUUGUUGUUGAACUUACUUACAAUUAUGGAGUUGACAAAAUCGACAUUGGAACAGGUUUUGGCCAUUUUGGUAUUGCAGUUGAAGAUGUCGCCAAAACAGUGGAUCUGGUAAAGGCAAAGGGCGGAAAAGUUACCAGGGAGCCUGGUCCUGUUAAAGGUGGCAAAACAGUAAUUGCAUUCGUUGAAGAUCCAGAUGGUUAUAAGUUUGAACUUUUGGAAAGAGAGCCUACACCAGAGCCCUUAUGUCAAGUAAUGCUUCGGGUGGGCAAUCUUGAUCGCUCCAUAAAGUUUUAUGAGAAGGCUUUUGGCAUGGAGCUUCUCCGCAAAAGAGAUAAUCCUGAAUACAAGUAUACAAUUGCUAUGAUGGGCUAUGGUCCUGAAGAUAAGAGUGCAGUGCUGGAAUUGACUUAUAACUAUGGGGUCAUGGAAUAUGACAAAGGAAAUGGCUAUGCACAGAUUGCAAUUGGCACAGAUGAUGUUUAUAAGACUGCAGAAGCAAUCAGAUUGUGUGGGGGGAAGAUUACUCGUGAACCUGGGCCCUUGCCAGUUAUCAACACUAAGAUCACUGCCUGCUUGGACCCUGAUGGAUGGAAAUCGGUCUUUGUUGAUAAUGCUGAUUUUCUCAAGGAAUUAGAGUGAUCAAAGCAUCAUCAAAGCUGCCAUGUGACUUGACUGAAUCCUUGAAAGGAUUCAUUACAAUUUUGUUUAUUAAAAUUAUCUCCUUGAGCCACUUUUCUUACAAAAGCUCCUGAAAUGAAAAUGUGUUCAAUCCCAUCAUGUAGAUAACCAAUCACUCUAUAUACAACUGUAGCAGCUGUAAUAUGUGCUUUCUGACCCUUCCCUCAACACCUGUUUAGGAAGCUUGAGAUGUUCAUUCCAUGUUAAUUGCUUACAAAAAUCACAAUCUACUUCUCCACUAAUCCAAAUUUAAGUUUGUUUCGGUUUCA